GUGCUUCAUUCGCGUUUCAGCCGCGAUCGCACAAACGUCUCUCUCGUUCGAAAUGAAAGCUGCAAUCUUGCUGCUCGUCUGCUUUAGCAGUCAAAUCUUUUCGCUUCCUUCGCCGGCCAAGGAGGAACCGCUGCCCAAUUGGUUUGCCAGCGAAGCCUCACAGCUGAUUGCCACACAACUGCUCAAGUUCAACAAAGACAUCGAUGCCAAUCAGGUGCACUCACCACUCGGUGUUGCUUCUAUCUUAGCUGUGCUUGCCGAGGCUUCUGAGGGCGAGACCUACGAAGAGUUUGCCAAAGUGUUCGGUUUCCCCAAGGAGCGUGAGGCGCUGAGAGCCGCCUUCGCUGGCAUCUUGUCUAGCUAUCAGAAUCGUGAUGCUGCUGUGCCGUUGCCCUCGUUCCAGACCUGGUUCUAUGUGUAUCGCAACAACAGCGUGAAGGAGGAUUACAAGCAGCUGCUGCAGCGUCACUACUACGUCGAGGUGAAGGACAUCAAUCGGCAGGAGUACGACUGGAGUGAGCCCAACACUUCCCUUCAGCUGGAGGGCAAUGAGCAGGAAGCUGCCGCCAACACCGAGCCCAGCAACAGCAAAGAUGUCAUUGGCUUCGAGACGCUGAAGCGUAUCAAACUGGACGAUGAUGAUGCGCUGGCGCCCAGCAGCGAUACCUAUGGCGAGGAAGUGCUGAACAAGGAAGCGUCCAAGUUUGAUCGCGACAUCGAUGACAAGCAGUAUGUGGAAAAACCAGUUGCUUUGGCUGAACGCGAGCGUGAACUGACCACCGAGGAGUCGGCAACGGCAGUCAACGAUGCGGCGACAGUGGAAAAACAAGAAAAACCAGCUGAUAUCCCGCUGAACAUGCUGGAAAAUGCUGGCGAUAAGCAGCAGAACAAACGCAGCGAGAGCAACGAACAGAAUCCCAAUGUGGAGGAGAACGAAACGGUGCAGGAGGAUGAAAAGCUAAACAAGCCGCUGAUCGAGUUGAGUCCCAAUCCAGUGACCGCUGGUGAACCCGAGAAGGUGCGUCUGCCGCUGCAGAAACUGGAAAAUGCCGUGAAAACCAUGGUCAAGGAGGGAGCGGAUGAAAUUAUGAUUGCCCUCGAGUCCCAUCUGAGUUCAGUGGCGCGCUUCUACAGCGGUCGCAGCUUGUUCCGCCGUGAUGACAUCGCCUCCGCUUUGAGUGCCAACUCCAUCACAGGUCGUGCUAUGGGCUCCAAGUCCAAGAUGUUGCUCUUCAACGGACUCUACUAUCGCGGCAGCUGGGCGCAACCUUUCUAUCAGCUGCGCGAUGGCAGCGACGAGUUCUUCUUCAUGACCAACGAAGAUGCCAUGAAGACACCCAUGAUGCAUGCGCGUGGCAAGUUCCGUGUAGCUGAGCUGCCGCAUUUGAAGGCGCGUUUGCUUUCGCUACCAUACGAAAAUGCAAGGUACAGUCUGUGCAUUGUGCUGCCCAAUGAUUCGGAGGGACUCAGCGAUGUCAUCGCUCAGCUGCAGCCCAGCGAUUACAAAUAUGCACGCGAGCAUGUGGAGGAGAAGGAGCUGCAUGUAACGCUGCCCAAGUUCCAGGCCGAGGAGACAUCGCGUUCUGAGGCAAUGCUAAAGCAGCUGGGAUUACAGCGUCUCUUCUCGCGCACUGAUGCCCAGCUGGGUUUGCUCUCUGAGGACGAGGAUCUGCAUGUGGAUGAGAUUGUGCAGUUUGUCAAUGUGCGUGUGGAUGAAGGCGGCAGCAGUGCCAACUCUUUGUCGGCGGCCACAAUGCAGGCAAGAUCUCCAAAUGCUGCGCCUGAAGAUGAAGGUUUGCCUGUGCCCGAGCCGGAGCCAGAGCCAGCUGGUGUCGAGCGUUUCGAUGUCAAUCAUCCAUUUGCUUAUUUCAUUUUGGAUUGCGAACAGCAGUUUGUGCUUGCCUCGGGCAAAGUUUAUGCACCCGAGUUCAAGGAUGAUCUGCCACCCGUGGAAAUCGAGGUGGAGUUGGAGCAAUCAUAGAUCAUCAUCUCAAGCACCAUCGCAUGCGCAUUUAUCUCAUCUAAACGUUUAGCACUUAAGUUUCGUAACGAAUUUUCAUCGAUUUCAUAAAUAAACAAGAAUUUCAUUUUUCCGAAAAACAA